AUGAAGCUGGAUAUCCUUAUUUUUGCUGCUCUUGGAAUUGCUAGCGUUUCCUCAACAUAUAUUGUGACAUGCCACAAUGAUCAAGAAUGUGGUACAGUUUGCGGUAAUUAUGGACCAGACACCAUAGCUCCUAGCGAAGGAUUGUUUGGCACUACUUGCUCCUGCUAAAAUCGGUAGCAACCAUCUUAUCUUUGCAACAGAGAUGGGAAGAAUGUUUAUGUUUGCUCUGACAAUCAACCACCCAGAUGCAGUGUUGCUUGUGGGUAGUAAGUAUGCAUAUAAAAAGAUGGAAGAUAAUCAACUGGAGUGAUUAGAUCAGCUUGCCCUAGAUAUCAUCCACAAAACGCACAUGACUGCUGUAACUAUGGUGGAUCUUACUGUACCUGUGUCUUCGACGACACCAUUGACUCUAACUGGAAAGUUUAUAACGAACUAGGUGGAAAUAAUGGUUACUCCAGUAAUGCAUACUGGGGUGCUUGCGGGUCACAUCUUGGACUAAAAGUUGGUUCGGUAUAAGGUUCACUUUACUUCAACUUAGUUAGACCUAAAAUGUGCUCAGCUGUAAUGUCUGAUGGAUAUCAUCAAAGAGUCAAUCAUGAUAUGGACUAAAGUCUUCAAACAUUACAAUAAUAAGGCUUAGUUUUAAGCAUAUGA